ACCGCAGUGGCUGAGCUGCUGACAGGAGGCGGCGGCGGAGGAGGAGGCGAGGCAAAACCUGCGGCUCGACCUGGCCACAGCCGCUGUAGCUCUAGGCAAGCCCACGGAGCCACGCCGGCCUCAGCCCGCCUGCGAACCUUUCGUCUCCCGCCCAUCCGCCGGGCCUCCUGCCCGCCGGACGAAUCGCGGGCGGCCUAGUCUGCAUCACUCGCCGGGCUCCUGGGGCCGCCGCCCCGCGCGGUCCAGUCGGCGUCCCCGGCAGCGCCCGGGCCCCCGGUCCACACGCCUGCCGGCACCAUGAUGGAGGAAAUCGACCGGUUCCAGGUGCCCACCGCGCACUCGGAGAUGCAGCCGCUGGACCCAGCCGCCGCCUCCAUCUCAGACGGAGACUGUGACGCCCGGGAGGGUGAGUCAGUAGCCAUGAAUUACAAACCAUCCCCGCUCCAAGUGAAGCUGGAUAAGCAGCGGGAGCUGGCCCGGAAGGGCUCCUUGAAGAAUGGCAGCAUGGGUAGCCCCAUCAACCAGCAACCCAAGAAGAACAAUGUCAUGGCUCGGACCAGGCUGGUCGUCCCCAAUAAAGGCUACUCUUCACUUGACCAGAGCCCAGAUGAGAAGCCACUGGUAGCCCUUGACACGGACAGCGACGACGACUUUGACAUGUCCAGAUACUCUUCCUCUGGCUACUCCUCUGCUGAGCAGAUCAACCAAGAUUUGAACAUCCAGCUGCUGAAGGACGGCUACCGGUUAGACGAGAUCCCCGACGACGAGGACCUAGACCUCAUACCCCCCAAGUCUGUGAACCCCACCUGCAUGUGCUGCCAGGCCACGUCCUCUACUGCCUGCCACAUUCAGUAGCGGGCGGGGCCCAGGCGGCCGCGGGGCAGGGCUCGGCAGGCCAGGCUGGGAGGGCAGGGGUCAACCCCUCCCUAGCUCAUCCGCCUGCCGCCGGCCCAGCGUCCCCUACAGCCGCAACCUCGUAACAGUCAUUGCUUCCUCCUAUGGUAGGACGUGUACCUCUGUGUGU